AUGCUCCGUGGCCCCCCGCGCCUCCUCAAGGUCUCCGUGGCACCCGUCGCGGCCCUGGCUGUGGCGCUGCUCUCGUCGCUCUCGCGCUGCUCCCUCCUGGAGCCGGACGACCCCGCGGCCUCCGCGCUCAGCCCCUACUUCGGCACCAAGACCCGCUACGAGGAUGCCAACCCCGGGCUGCUGCCGGACCCCGAGGCGCCGCGGAGGGACCCCGAGCUGCUGGAGGACGCCUGCACGCCGGUGCAGCUGGUCGCCCUCAUCCGCCACGGCACCCGCUACCCCACGGCCAAGCAGAUCCGCAAACUGCGGCAGCUGCACGGCCUGCUGCAGGCCCGCCCGUCCGGCGACGGCCGCGCUGGCCCCGCCGGCGGCCGCGACCUGGGCGCCGCGCUGGCCGACUGGCCGCUGUGGUACGCGGACUGGAUGGACGGGCAGCUGGUGGAGAAGGGACGGCAGGACAUGCGACAGCUGGCGCUGCGCCUGGCCUCUCUCUUCCCGGCCCUGUUCAGCCUCGAGAACUACGGCCGCCUGCAGCUGGUCACCAGCUCCAAACACCGCUGCGUGGACAGCGGCGCCGCCUUCCUGCAGGGGCUGUGGGAGCACUACCACCCCGGCUUGCCGCCGCCCGACGUCGCAGAUAUGGAGUGUGGACCUCCAAGAAUUAAUGAUAAACUAAUGAGAUUCUUCGAUCACUGUGAGAAGUUUUUAACUGAAGUGGAAAAAAAUGCCACGGCACUUUAUCAUGUAGAAGCCUUCAAAACGGGACCAGAAAUGCAGAACAUUUUAAAAAAGGUCGCAGCUACUUUGCAAGUGCCAGUCAACAAUUUAAAUGCAGAUUUAAUUCAGGUAGCUUUUUUUACCUGUUCAUUUGACCUGGCAAUUAAAGGUGUUAAAUCUCCUUGGUGUGAUGUUUUUGACAUAGAUGAUGCAAAGGUAUUAGAAUAUUUAAAUGAUCUGAAGCAAUAUUGGAAAAGAGGAUACGGGUACACUAUUAAUAGUCGGUCCAGCUGCACCCUGUUUCAGGAUAUCUUCCAACACUUGGACAAAGCAAUUGAACAGAAACAAAGGUCUCAGCCAGUUUCCUCUCCAGUCGUCCUGCAGUUUGGUCACGCGGAGACCCUUCUUCCACUGCUCUCCCUCAUGGGCUACUUCAAAGACAAGGAGCCCCUGACGGCUUACAAUUACAAGGAACAGAUGCAUCGGAAGUUCCGAAGUGGCCACAUUGUGCCCUAUGCCUCGAACCUCAUGUUUGUGCUUUACCAUUGUAAGAAUGCGAAGACUCCCAAAGAAGAGUUCCGGGUGCAGAUGCUAUUGAAUGAAAAGGUGUUGCCAUUGGCUCACUCCCAGGAAACUGCUUCCCUAUAUGAGGAUCUCAAGGAGCACUACAGGGACCUCCUCCAGAGCUGUCGCGCCAGUGACGAGUGUGAAUUACCAAAGGUGAACAACACGUCUGAUGAGCUAUGA